GCGGCGCUGCAGCGCGAGGGGCGGAGAGGCAGAGCGCCGGGAGAGGACCAGACGCCCAGGUCGCCCGCAUCCCCGUGCCGCAGGAGCGAGCAAGCGCGCCCCGGCCCUGCUCUCCAGCCUUCGCCCGGGUGCCCCACCUGCUUUCUCGGCUCCAGAGACCGAGCACCUGUCCUCCGCCUCGGCCGCAGCUGAGCACCCCUCCUCCGGAGCGCACACCGCCCCUGCAGCCCGAGAAGUGCCCAGCCCGUCGCCGGCGACCACCAUGGCGGAGACCAACAACGAAUGUAGCAUCAAGGUGCUCUGCCGAUUUCGGCCCCUGAACCAGGCCGAGAUUCUGCGGGGAGACAAGUUCAUCCCCAUUUUCCAAGGGGACGACAGCGUCGUUAUUGGGGGGAAGCCAUAUGUCUUUGACCGUGUGUUCCCCCCAAACACGACUCAGGAGCAAGUUUAUCAUGCGUGUGCCAUGCAGAUUGUCAAAGAUGUCCUUGCUGGCUACAAUGGCACCAUUUUUGCUUAUGGACAGACAUCCUCAGGGAAAACACAUACCAUGGAGGGAAAGCUGCAUGACCCCCAGCUGAUGGGAAUCAUUCCUCGAAUUGCCAGAGACAUCUUCAACCACAUCUACUCCAUGGAUGAGAACCUUGAGUUCCACAUCAAGGUUUCUUACUUUGAGAUUUACCUGGACAAAAUUCGCGACCUUCUGGACGUGACCAAGACGAAUCUGUCUGUGCAUGAAGACAAGAAUCGGGUGCCAUUUGUCAAGGGUUGUACCGAACGCUUUGUGUCCAGCCCAGAGGAGAUUUUAGAUGUGAUUGAUGAGGGGAAAUCAAAUCGUCAUGUGGCUGUCACCAACAUGAAUGAGCACAGUUCUCGAAGCCACAGCAUCUUCCUCAUCAACAUCAAGCAGGAGAACAUGGAGACCGAGCAGAAGCUCAGUGGGAAGCUGUAUCUAGUGGACCUGGCAGGGAGCGAGAAGGUCAGCAAGACCGGAGCAGAGGGAGCCGUGCUGGAUGAGGCAAAGAAUAUCAACAAGUCACUGUCAGCCCUUGGGAACGUGAUCUCUGCACUGGCUGAGGGCACAAAAAGCUACGUUCCAUAUCGUGACAGCAAAAUGACACGGAUUCUCCAGGACUCUCUGGGAGGAAACUGCCGGACAACUAUGUUCAUCUGCUGCUCACCGUCCAGCUACAACGAUGCAGAGACCAAGUCCACCCUGAUGUUCGGGCAGCGGGCAAAGACCAUUAAGAACACUGCCUCAGUGAAUCUGGAGUUGACUGCUGAGCAGUGGAAGAAGAAAUAUGAAAAGGAGAAGGAGAAGACAAAGGCUCAGAAGGAGACGAUCGCCAAGCUAGAGGCUGAGCUCAGCCGGUGGCGCAAUGGAGAGAAUGUGCCUGAGACGGAGCGCCUGGCUGGGGAUGAGGCAGCCCUGGGAGCUGAGCUCUGUGAGGAGACCCCUGUGAACGACAACUCAUCCAUUGUGGUGCGCAUCGCGCCUGAGGAGCGGCAGAAAUACGAGGAGGAGAUCCGCCGCCUCUAUAAGCAGCUCGAUGACAAGGACGAUGAGAUCAACCAGCAGAGCCAGCUCAUAGAGAAGCUUAAGCAGCAGAUGCUGGACCAGGAAGAGCUGCUGGUAUCCACUCGAGGAGACAACGAGAAGGUCCAGCGGGAGCUGAGCCACCUGCAGUCAGAGAACGAUGCUGCUAAGGAGGAGGUAAAGGAGGUGCUGCAGGCCUUGGAGGAGCUGGCUGUGAACUAUGACCAGAAGUCCCAGGAAGUGGAGGAGAAGAGCCAGCAAAACCAGCUUCUGGUGGAUGAGCUGUCUCAGAAGGUGGCCACCAUGCUGGCUCUGGAGUCUGAGUUGCAGCGGCUACAAGAGGUCAGUGGACACCAGCGGAAGCGAAUUGCAGAGGUGCUGAAUGGGCUGAUGAAGGACCUGAGUGAGUUCAGUGUCAUCGUGGGCAACGGGGAGAUUAAGCUGCCGGUGGAGAUCAGCGGAGCCAUCGAGGAGGAGUUCACAGUGGCCCGACUCUAUAUCAGCAAAAUCAAGUCGGAAGUCAAGUCUGUGGUCAAGCGCUGCCGGCAGCUAGAGAACCUGCAGGUUGAAUGUCAUCGCAAGAUGGAGGUGACUGGGCGGGAGCUCUCAUCCUGCCAGCUCCUCAUCUCCCAGCAUGAGGCCAAGAUCCGCUCGCUUACAGAAUAUAUGCAGAGUGUGGAACUAAAGAAGCGGCACCUGGAAGAGUCCUAUGACUCCCUGAGCGACGAGCUGGCCAAGCUGCAGGCCCAGGAAACUGUGCAUGAAGUGGCCCUGAAGGACAAGGAGCCAGACACACAGGAUGCAGAUGAUGUAAAGAAGGCCCUGGAGGUACAGAUGGAGAGUCACAGGGAGGCCCAUCACCGGCAGCUGGCCCGGCUCCGGGAUGAGAUCAAUGAGAAGCAGAAGACCAUCGAUGAGCUCAAAGACCUGAAUCAGAAGCUGCAAUUAGAGCUAGAGAAGCUUCAGGCUGACUACGAGAAGCUGAAGAACGAAGAACAUGAGAAGAGCAGCAAACUCCAGGAGCUGACAUUUCUGUACGAGCGACAUGAACAGUCCAAGCAGGACCUCAAGGGUCUGGAGGAGACAGUUGCCCGGGAACUCCAGACCCUCCACAACCUUCGCAAGCUGUUCGUUCAAGACGUCACGACUCGAGUCAAGAAAAGUGCAGAAAUGGAGCCCGAGGACAGUGGGGGGAUUCACUCCCAAAAGCAGAAGAUUUCCUUUCUUGAGAACAACCUGGAACAGCUUACAAAGGUUCACAAACAGGUGGAUGACUGGGUUUCAAAGCUGGUACGUGACAAUGCAGAUCUGCGUUGUGAGCUUCCUAAAUUGGAAAAACGACUUAGGGCUACGGCUGAGAGAGUUAAGGCCCUGGAGGGUGCACUGAAGGAGGCCAAGGAAGGAGCCAUGAAGGACAAGCGCCGGUACCAGCAGGAGGUGGACCGCAUCAAGGAGGCCGUCCGGUACAAGAGCUCCGGCAAGCGGGGCCAUUCUGCUCAGAUUGCCAAACCCGUCCGGCCCGGCCACUACCCAGCAUCUUCACCCACCAACCCCUAUGGCACCCGGAGCCCUGAGUGCAUCAGUUACACCAACAGCCUCUUCCAGAACUACCAGAACUUGUACCUGCAGGCUGCGCCCAGCUCCACCUCAGACAUGUACUUUGCAAACUCCUGUACCAGCAGCGGGGCCACAUCUUCCGGCGGGCCCCUGGCUUCCUACCAGAAGGCCAACAUGGACAAUGGAAAUGCCACAGAUAUCAAUGACAACAGGAGUGACCUGCCUUGCGGCUAUGAGGCUGAGGACCAGACCAAGCUUUUCCCUCUCCACCAAGAGACGGCAGCCAGCUAAUCUCCCUCAUGGACUGCCGCAUACCUGCACUUUCAGUUUCUAAGAGGGCCUGAGGCCUCUCCUCUCAGCAUGCUGCAAACCUGUGGUCUCUGAUACUAACACCUCCCUCCCAACCCUAGUUGUUCAACUGUACUGUUUGAUGUCUUCUCUUACUCUGUACCUCUUUGUACUCUGUAUCUGUAUAUCAAAAGCUGCUGCUAUGUCUCUCUCCUCUCUGUCUUACUCUCUAAGUAUCUAAUGAUGUAUUUAGCAAUUUCUAAGCAUAGUAUACUCACUCUCCUCAUUUGGGGCAAUAGGGAGGAGGGUGAGUGUUUCUUCUUUCAAACACGCGUCUCUCACACUGAGUGGUAUUAGUCAUGGAGAUGAUAAAAGGAAAAAUGGGAGCUAGAGGGCCAUGACCCUUCACACACACACACGCACGUGCACACACGCACGCGCGGACACACGCACGCACACACACAAAGCCUUAAGUGGAAGAAUGUCUUAGCGUCAGAAGAAGACACAGAAACAGACUCUCCCCCUCCUUUUUCACCGACAGCACAGGGGAGGGUAACCUGGAAGGACUGCUACCUGACACGUAGAAUUUUCUUCAUAUACCCCUCAACUGAACCACCCUCCCUUUUUGUACCUUUUGCCUUCCUCUUCCUGUCCCCUGACCCCCUGCCCCGAUGACCGAGGACAUGGAUUGUUCAAGGGACCAUUUCCCUUUCUCCUCAAAACUCCUUUUGAUAUUCUCUGCCCCAGAACUCAUGAACAGAACCUAGAGUUGCUUUAAAGUAUUUGGAAAACCUGAGGAGGCAGACCCUUCCCAACAGUCUGUCAAUGGCUGCUCAUAUGUCUGGUGAUAGUUACAGGCACGUGUAGUCAGCGAAUUGCUUCUGUGGGGUUGGGGGUGAACAGGCUGGGAAAUUCCAAGUAUUUUUUGCCACAGUAAUGAGCUGGAUUCUUUUCUCUGUCCCAUAUUGGGCUGCAUGUUCUUCUCAUGUCCACCUUUUGGUUUGGGACCUUCCAGUUCAUUGGCAAAAUACCUAUCUCAAGAUGCUUUCCUUUCCGGCUAGAGCCUGACUUUUCCCCAUGAUGCAUAAAAAAUUUUUUUGUUUGACAGAAUUCCUUUGAUAAUGUCCCCAUCUGGUUUUAAGUGCACUUUGAAGAAAUGGGCAGAGCAGAUUUUCCAGACGGGGGGGGGGGGUGAGGGGGGAGUUCUCUCCCCCCAACACUGCCCCAUGUAAUUGAUAGGACUGUUAUUUUGGUUUCAGACAUCCUUUCCUUCCACAUGGUGCUAAGGUGGUUUUCUAGGUAACUACAGGGGUGGAGAGUGGAGGUCAAAAUCAACAAAGUCCAAAUCAAGAAAGUCUGGUGUCCAGACACCCAGUCUUAUGUAGGAUGGAAGAACAGGAUCCCCCAGCAGCAGGGCAACCAUCACCUAGCUUCUAAGGCAAGAAAGAAAGCUUGGGGUGAGUGCCAGCUUAUAAAUGCAGGCCGUAUUGGCCUGGGACUCCUUCAAGGGAAAAAGUUCCUUCUUCCUUCACCUGUUGGGCCCCUCUUAGCAAUUAUGGAAAAAUGCAGGGAAAAAUCUACCAGAAGGGUGUAGAGUAAAUCCAAGGCAGCGAUAUUCAAACAUUUUUAAAAAUAAAUCUUAUAUAGAAUCCUGAUAUAAAAAAUAACCCAAAGUGACGCAAACCUGGGCAGUUUACAUUUUCUUGAUUUGGUGGAAAAUGCUUCGUUAGUGGAGGAGCUCUUGAAUGGUCCUAAGAGUUCAGAACCUGAGGGUUCUGUAGAGUAGUUUGCAAGCCACUGCUCUGAGGGAAAGGGGUUCAGCUUGGCUCCCCUGCCCCAAGCCCCUAACUCAGAGCAGAGAGGGAAAGGCCCAAUGGGAGAAGAAGGAAGAUGCCUGUGCACCUGUGGACUUGAGCUAAUAUUUGCCAACAGGGCAGCUGAGAAGCCAGUGGGCUUUAUGUAAUCUUGCCACCAAAUAAUUCUUUUAAAACGCAUAAGAAAACGUGAAGGUGUUGGGCAGAUGAGGAGAGAGAUGUAAGGGGAAUCUAAUUCACUUACAUAAAUAAGAACACGCACGCAAGGCCUUCACCAGAAGCUUCACUCUACAUCCCCCCCACCCCAGCAUCCCUUUCCAGAGAGCCAGGGUCACCACAAGGGGCACCUGGUCUGCCCACUCACAUCUGCCAAAAUGUUGCAUGCCAGUGUGGAAGACAAACCAAGCCGCACAAACCCCAGUGUGUAUUUACUUGAUGUACAUAGAUACCUUGAAAAUAAAAUAAAUUCAAUGAUGACUCCG